AACGUCAAACCCAAGCACGGACGGACAGAUGGACGGACCUGAUCCAUUCUCCACCUUAAAUUCUACCCAAUUCCCCACCGUCUGAUCCGCAAAAACAGACACACACUUUUCUCUCUCUCUCUCUUUGAUUUCCAUUCUUACUACAUACUUCAUCAUCAACCAGCGACACAAAUUUCCCAGAUUUCCUCUCUGUCUCUCACUCUGAAAACGUUUCCUUCUCUCCGGAAAUAAUUUCCGCAGACUCAGGUAUCAAUUUCCACGGACCAGGACGCAGGCACGGGGAGAAAGAGAGAGAUGUCUCGCAGCUGUUCGCAGUGCGGAAACAACGGGCACAACUCCCGAACCUGCCACGGCGACACCACCACCGGCGAGGGCGGCGGCGGGGGAACGGCGGGGGAGAGCGGGAUUAUGCUGUUCGGGGUUCGAGUCACGGCCGGGAUGAACUCGUUCAGAAAGAGCGUGAGUAUGAACAACUUGUCGCAGUACGACCAGGGGAUCAAUCAGGACCCCUUAUCAGUAGCCGACGCCGUGGCCUCCGGCUACGAGUCCGACGACGUCGUUCACGCCUCCGGCAGAAGCCGCGAGCGCAAGCGAGGGGUGCCGUGGACAGAGGAGGAGCACAGAUUGUUCCUCGUGGGUCUGCAGAAAGUGGGGAAAGGCGAUUGGAGAGGGAUUUCGAGGAAUUUCGUGAAGAGCAGGACGCCGACGCAGGUGGCCAGCCACGCUCAGAAGUAUUUCCUCCGCCGGAACAAUCAGAAUCGCCGGCGCCGCCGCUCCAGCCUCUUUGACAUCACUACCGAUAGUUCCUUUGUGGGCAAUUCUAUGAUGGAAAUUGAAGACCAGCAGACAUCGCCCAAUCAAGAAGCGGCGGCGGCGGUGGCGGCGUCUGUUCCGAUCAAGACAAUCAGCCGGCUGCAGCUGGGGAAGCUUCCUCCGGUACCCAAUUUCCCGGUGGCUAUACCAAUCACCGGCGACGGGUCGUUGGAGAGGCUAGCGCUGGGACCGCCGGCGAGUACAACAAAACCCAAUAACCAGCUGGUUCGUCCGAUUCCGAUUCCAAUUCCGCCCUCUUCCAAAAUGGCUGAUCUCAAUUGGAAGCAGAGGAUGAUGGCUAGUAGCCGUUCCAGCGGUCACCAUCAUCAGGAAGUGUUUUUGCCUCUGUCGCUGAGGCUUUCAACGAGUCCUCCCUCCGACGAGCAGUCAUCGUCGGCGGCGGGCGGCGGGACGAGGUCGUCUGCUUUUCAGGGGAUGUCUAGUGGGGACAGCAUCAUAAGCGUAGCGUGAAGGGAAUUGGGAAGGAACAACAACAACAUAUUUAGUGGCUCUCUCUCUCUCUUUUCCUCCGCAGAAUAUAUUAUCUAUUGAUUGAUGUUUAUUGAGAUGUGACAAAAAGGGGAUAUGAUUUGCAACUUUUGUUAGUUGUAAGAUUUUAGGAAUUGGAACUUUUACUUAGGAAUGAUAAAUUAAGGUUAUCAUAACGGUAGUUUUUUUUUUUUUUUGGUAUUAGGAGAAAGAUGAUUGAUUAUUGGUUUGUACAUGGGGAAUUGAGGUAUGAUGGUUUAUGGGAAUAUGGGUGGGUGAUAGUACGAUAGAAAUUGGUCUAAAGAUUAAAACUAUAUCGAUGUUAUCAUCCUGAAUGCGAGGUUAUUAUUAGGUUAUAUGAUUCGUUGUCGAUUGAGUUCCUGUCGUAGUGUCGUUUGUUUUACACUUUUGGUUGUUUGCAUUAAAUUGGUG